CUGUACCCUUUGGUUUCAUUAUCUGUUUCAAUUACUCCGUGUUUCAUGAGCAACGUCUUACCCGGAGAGCCACUGGUGAACAAUUUUAAGAUACCAGCAUGGGCUGGAAAACCACCUCCGGGUUUGCAUUUAGAUGUGAUGAAAGAGGGAAAGCUUAUCCAGAAGUUGAUUAUCGAUGAGAAAGGUUGUUAUUUCUUCGGACGAAACAGGCAGCUUUGUGACUUUCCGGUUGAACAUCAAUCUUGUUCUCGUGUGCAUGCGGUGCUCGUGUGGCACAAACUUCUCAAUCGCGCAUUUCUAAUCGAUUUGGGUAGUGUUCAUGGGACUUUCAUUGGAAAAAUACGUUUGGAAGCUCACAAACCUCAACAGGUCCCGCUUGAUUCAGAACUGCAUUUUGGCGCUUCCUCCCGUGUAUACAUAAUCCGGGAACGUCCGAAUCCUCUAUACACCGGUCCCGUCGGUGGUACGGAUUUAGGGGCAACCAAUCCAGAUGGGGUCAAUCCAACUGGCCCCGAAAACCGGUUGUCUUUGGACGAUUCCUCCGGUGGCACCAACUCACUGGGUCUUCUGUAUUCACAGCUUCCUCAGUCUGAAGUGGAAUUAGACAACCUGACAGAGUUCAACACAGCUCACAAUAGGCGUAUUGCUGGCAUUGUCGAUGUCGCAUCCAACCCUCCACUAGGUCUAUCGAAACUUCGGAAACGAAAACCCUACUCAGUGCACUUCAGCGACGCGGAUGAAAUUAUCAAUCCAGAAGACGUUGAUCCUUCCAUAGGACGGUUUCGCAAUCUCGUGCAAGAAACCUUCAUACCGAACAAGCGUGCCAAAGGUAGCCAUGAAGGUGCAUCUCUGGGUGUGGCCGCCCCAGAGGCUUCUGAGCCGGGCAACCAAACGAUAUUCGUCAACAUGCGGCCCACAGCGAACGGCACCAGAUUUGGACAAUCUGGUACAAACAGUACAGUGACUAAUUCGGUGUUCGGGCCCACCUACAGUUUGGCCACUAAACUGGGCUUACCGCUUCCUAACCUUGCGCCAGAUGUUGACGCAGAACCUCACGAACCUUGUCUCCCUCCCACACUGGCCAUUUUGCACGCACAUGCUCAUUCCCGCCCAGGCACAUUGAGUUCUGCGCUGGCAGACGGUAGAUCGACCGGUCGGCUGAGUGCCAGUGAUAUACUAGGAGUCGAUAAUGAAAUAGCGAGUGGGACAUUGGAUUCCGGUCUGAUCGAACCUGAUGAACCCAAGCGCAAAAAAUAUGCCAAGGAAGCAUGGCCCGGAAAACGUCCUGGAUUUCUGGUCGGUCCAACAGCCUGACUUGUUUUUGUACAUAUCUUUUGUUUGUUUCUCUCACGCCUGCUCACCUUUUGAAUGACUGUGUUCACAGAAUCCACGGUUCACAACAACCUCCCUUACUUGGGUACGGUUGGUUCUGGCAACAUCAUUUGCUCCAUUUUGCUGUCUUUUUGGACUGCUGCUUUUGCGCUUUGGCAUCAUUCCAGGCCUUAAGUAUUUUCCUGACGGAGUAGACCCAUUUGUAUGUUUUUUUCGUCCCGGGAGGCGA